AGCUGCGACUGUCAGCUGUUCAAUAUGGAACGAUAGCAAAGUACAGUCACUUGUAGGAGUCGGCCGUCAUCGGAACGACUUCAGCUAGAAGAGACAUUCAAAACCGGAGCCGAGUCUACGGGAGCAAUAUCGACGGAGUGGUGCGAGCGUGUUCCUUUUUCGUACCAGCGCGCGCAGAAGCGGGCGCGAACGGGACCGUCAUAAGCGGGGGUGUGAAACAGUGAUAGGGGAGAGGUACUAAGUACGCGCUGCGCUGAGGGCGAGAUAGAGAGAAAAGGAAAGUUUUUUCGUUAAGAACGUGUGUGUCGCGCGUGUACGGCCACGCACCGCGUGUCACCGAGAUUUAUGCGAGAGAUCCCGCGCGAGAUCAACCUGGAUGUAUUAACGCAAGGCUUAAGGUACAGCAUAUCAGGACUCAUGAACCUCGCAACCAACCAGACGUCCGACACGACGUCCGAUGCGCAGAGCAAUGGUCCCUACUUUGUUAACUUCAAUCAGGACUGCACAUCCUUGGCGGUGGGAUCAAAGUCAGGAUACAAACUUUAUUCCAUCAGCUCCGCAGGACAUCUUGAGAAAAUAUAUGAAAAUGAUGAUGCAGACUUCGAGGAUAUAUGCAUCGUUGAAAGAUUGUUCAGCAGUAGUUUGGUGGCGAUCGUGAGUCUUAAAUCGCCUCGUACGCUUACAGUGUGCCACUUUAGGAAAGGAACAGAGAUAUGCAAUUACAGUUACUCGAAUACAAUUUUGGCUGUGAAACUCAACAGAGCGAGAUUGGUGGUGUGUUUGGAAGAAUCACUAUACAUUCAUAAUAUACGAGACAUGAGAGUGUUACACACAAUUCGCGACACUCCACCUAAUCUUACAGGCCUUUGUACACUUUCGCCAAAUAGCGACAAUUGUUAUGUAGCUUACCCAGGAUCGAAUACCAUUGGGGAAGUUCAAAUAUUUGAUGCGAAUCAUCUUCAAGCAAAAACAAUGAUACCUGCACACGAUAGUCCAUUGGCAGCAAUUGCUUUCAGCUCGACUGGCACCAAAGUAGCGACAGCCUCUGAAAAGGGCACUGUUAUUAGAGUUUUUGACGUUCACGAGGGUACAAAGUUAUUCGAAUUUCGACGCGGAGUUAAGAGAUGCGUCACGAUAAACAGUCUUUCUUUCAGUAUGGACUCUAUGUGGCUCUGUUGUUCUAGUAAUACGGAAACUGUGCAUAUAUUCAAACUGGAGGAACCAAAGGAAACGCCAAACAAACAAACUGCAGACGAAGCACAAAGCUGGAUGGGAUAUUUAACGAAGGCUGUGACAGCGUCGGCUACGUAUUUGCCGUCGCAAGUGACUGAUGUUUUUACUCAAGGACGUGCUUUUGCUAGCGUCCACCUACCGUUUCAAGGUUUAAAAAAUGUCUGUGCCAUCACUGUAACACAUAAAGUACCAAAAUUGUUAGUAGCUAGUGCCGAUGGUUACUUAUACGUCUACUCCGUGGAUCCGACAGAAAGUGGAUGUUGCACGCUUAUAAAACAACACAGAUUAGACGAUAAAGAGCGAGAUGAAUCAGAUUGUGGCGGUUCUGGUUCAGGAGCAGCAGCUACCACGAAUAAUACAAAUACAGCCUGCAUAAAUAGCUACGCGGGUGUGUUGCGUGGCCGCUCGCCAGACUCCAUGUCAGAAUCAGAGAAGUAUCAAGAAAUGAUAGCGGCGACGGAAAGCCCACCAAAAGGCGGCGGUCCGUUUCGUCUGGAUGAUGAUACCGAAUUCCCACCUGUCACGCAAAGGACAGAUUGAGCAUAACCCAUACACAAUUAAGGCAUAUCAAAAGCUCAAGCUAAAUGGAAAUGAGAAAAGCCAUGCGAGAGCAACGAAAGAACGAAAGGGACACAGAGUGCAGAGAACGUCCAGUAUUUACAGACGGCUCUAUAUCCAGUUCAAUAGAACCAAAAAUUAAAAAUCUGUAGGCAAUAUUACCGAGAUUGUUACAUUAUCUUGUACGCGUUAAAGGUCAUAAAUGGAAUGUGUGCACGCUAAAUUAGAAAGAAAUCGGAUUUUUAUAUACUAAUCCACAUAUGUCUGUGCAACAGGAAGGAAAGAAGUACCGCUGAGUAACACUCUCGGUCGUAUUAAUAAGUUGUUGAAUUUUUAAGCGGAAUUUCUUUUAUCAUUAAUUAAAUAGGCAUUGCAUUUGCAAAAGAAAUGCAUUAUCGCGCGGACAAUAUAGUAAUCCAAUGAUAAUAAUCUUUUCAACUACAGGAAUUACGCGAUGAAGAUUUUUUUUGUCAAGUGCACA